AAAAAAAAUGAAGAAUCUCUUCUCUCUCUACGUCCCUCUCUCUCUCAUCCUCAUCCUCCUCGUCUCGCUCCCGCUCCGGCGCGCCACUCCGACGUUCCGCCAGACCUGCGCGACACCCGCCAGCGUCGAGGAGGCCUGCAAGUCGGCCGCAGACAAGCACUCGGCAGUCUCCCUCCAGCACUGCAUCUCCGCGCUCGGCUCCGACCCCCGCAGCCACUCCGCCGACCUCCACGGCCUCGCGGCCGUGGCGGUCAAGCUCGCCAUCGACCACGCGACGAGCACCGAGUCGAAGAUCGACGACCUGAUCGACCUGGAGCCGACCCCCUCCGUAAAGGAGAGGCUCAGCUCCUGCCUGGAGGUCUACUCCGACGCCGUCGACAGCCUCCGCAACGCGCUCGACAACCUGAAUGCCAGGCUCUACGACAAGGCCACGAAUCUGCUCACCUCUUCGCUCACGGCCGCGGAGAGCUGCGAGAAGGUGCUGGAGGGGGCGAAGGGGCUGUCGUCGGUGGUGGCCGACGACCGGGACUACGGGAAGCUCGCGUCGAUCGCGCUCGGGAUCACGGCGUCGGUGGAGUGAUGUUAGUUCUUGUUCCUGCAGCUCAUGUCGGUUCAUCCAAUCUCCGUUUUCGUCUUUCGGUUUCUCUUUUUCGUAGUGUUUCUGAAAAGGAGAAGGUUCUUUGCAUGCAUGUUUUGUUUUGAGUCAGCAGAGAAGAUAAAUUUGGUUAGAGCAAGUAGGGUUUAAAAAAAAAAAAAAAA